AUGAUGUUUACAAGUACAAGGUCUUAUUGUAUAUUUAAUAGUGCGAUCCCAAUGGUAACAGCGACGGUAUAUUGUGCGCCAUGGUUGUUACGGUACACAGCUCUCAUGGUCUACUGCCUCGGAAGCCUACUCGGGCUUUAUAAGGCAAUGCGUGCCUGGUCUCCGUGGGAACGAAGGUUGUGCUUUGCGGCGCCGUUCUGCAUGCGCGUGCUGCUGGCAGGCGCGCGUGCUGUUCGUCUCGGUGGAGGAGAUCCACACGCUAUACUACACGUAUUCUUACAGGACGCUGUCUCCCUAGGUGGUGGUGUGAUCGGCGCGAUGCAUAUCCCGGAGAAAUGGUUCCCUGGGACUGUAGACCGGUGCCUUAAUUCGCACAACAUCAUGCACGUCCUCGUCGUGCUAGCUGUCUACUCCAUGCACCAGGUUACAAAACGCGACCUGGAGUGGAUGUCGCGGGUUGACUGUGGUGCACCACUUCGCCACCUUUGA